GCCGGUAAAUCCGCGUCUGCUGUUGUUUUGUUGCGUGUGGAGUUAUUGAAAUUGUUUGCUAUUUUAUUGUUGGUUUUUAGUUUUUUACUUCUACUGGCUGAUAAUUAGCUAAAUUAAAUUAAUCUAUUAUUUAAAAUGCCAAGAAAGAAGAACGGUUUCGAUCUUGCAGACCUUGAAGGCUCCAGUGACGAUAACACUUGGGAGCCUGAAGAGAAUCUGGGUGGUGCAGAAUUGGCAAAUACUUAUGAUGCUCAGCAAAAAAAAGAUAAAGAUACUGCAUCAUCGGAAGUGUUUGAUGAAAGUCUUGCCUCUCGCAAGAGGGGGAGGAGAGACAGGAAGAAAAGAGUUGAGGAAAUUGAGAAACCUAGAGGCGUAGAUAGAGGAUUGCAACCAGAGAAGAUUUUAGCAGCACAACUGCAUAACAGCAGUCUAUUCUUUUUGGUGAAAUGGCAAGGCUGCCCAGACCUGGAUGUGGUGCCCGGAAAGGACUUGAAUCUGCACCAUCCUGAAUUUGUGAUUGACUACUAUGAAUCAUGUGUGCCCUUCAGUGUGAGACACAAGAUUGGGAAGACACCAAGGAUAGCUCCAGAGCUACCGCCAGAACCUGAGCCUGAGCCAGAACCAGAGCCAGAGUCGGCGCCAGAACCACAACAGACACCGAUGGAGCCAAUGGAUGUGUCUAACACUGAACAGGACCAAACGGCAGAAUCAGCACUGUUGAACCCAGGGGAACAACCAGCCCCACCAGUAGAGCCUCAAGAAAUGCCACAAGACCAAAUCCCAUUGCCUCCAAGUCAACCUUUGGAUGUGCCAGUACUGCCAGUGAACUGAUUGUCGUUCUACAAUGCUAGUAAUAAUGAUUACUAGUGUUGAUGUUGGUGGACAUAGUAAUGAAGUUUGCUGGAUAUUCUUAAGACGUUAAGGUACAUUUUUGUAUUUUAUCAGAAACGGUUAUGUGAAAGUGCAAUAUGUACUGACAAGUUUUUUUUUGAGUUUUGUACAUUUUGGAGGAUUCACUCCGAAGUAACUGCUGUAUUGGACUACAGGCAUAAAAAUAUUUACACAAUAAAUAAAUUAUAAUACAGUAGGUAGGCAUAUAAAUGUAUGUAUGCGAUAGGUCCACUA